GUGUGUGUGUGUGUAUGAGUGACUCUGGGCUGAGGGCGCGCGCGCCUCGGUUUUUUCCGCUGCGCAGCUCGCUCUCUCUAAAUGCCAUCGGCGCUUCGAUCUCCAUGUCACUCUUUCCUCACAUCUGCAGCCGAUCAGAAAAAGAAAAAAAACGACCACGAACCUCUAUUCCACAGGUCAGUAAAUAUUUAGAUUUCUAUAAAGCAAGUCUGUCUGUCUGUCUUUCUGUCUGUCUGUCCUUUAGCGAAGAACACAAAGUAUAGCUCUUAAAGGUACAUAGUGGUCUCUUCCAGCCUCCAUCUGUGUGUUCUGUCCAGUCAGGCGUGUGUCAAGAAAUGAAUUGAUGAGCAAGUUUGUUCCAUGGCUUUAAAAAUGUAGAUUUUCGAAAAUAGCGUUUUUGUAGAGCAUCUUUAGGAGAGAAAAAAGGCACACACAUGCUUUUUGUUUAGUCAAUUGCCGAGACCGGUUAAACAGCUCAAUUCUCUCAACAUGUGUGGAGCUUUUCUGCAUGUCUGUCAAACAGAAAUGUGGUUAAAAAGAUACACACGAGACGCCAUUGUUGUCUCUUUAUGUUUUUCCUGUAGCCUAUAUGUGUUUGGCUGCGUUUGUGACUGGCAUUAGGCUGGGGUAUAUUCAGUCUAAAGUCAUUUUCGAAAAUAAAAAAAUACAUACCGUAUAUAGGCUAUUGGUGGUCUUCCAUAAUCGUUUUAAUAAAUCGUUCCUUUUUCGUUACGUUUUCAAAUCGCUUUGGAAUUUAUUUCUGUAAACGCACUAUAUUCUGAGAGUAUUUUACCUACAUCACGUCUCCCGAAAUACAGAAUAUGAAGGAUUUUAAUGAGCUAUUACCACCUGAGUUGGUGGCAGGCAGAUCCCUUAACCCAUGAAAUUGAUCUGAUUACCUCGCCAAUAGGUCAUAAAAGAAAGGAGUUGGAUUUUCUGAGGCUGCUUUCCCCCCUUUUUCCAUCGCGUCUGUGGUCGAUAUGGCUUGAUUUGGAGAGGAGCUGUUACAUAGAAUGAAUAGGAUACGAUAUUAAGGGCAUCACAGUCGCGCUAUCAUGGGCAGAACUCGAGCGGUUAUUUGCAUGCAGAGAACAGAACGGGCUGGGAAAUCGCGCGCUGUUCUAUUGAUUUAUGCUGAAUGCUUCCCCAACAGCUGUGUUUUGGAGAUAGGGAGGCUGGCCACUCACAUAAUCACGAGGUGGGUUACCUUUUAUAUAAGGAUACAAUCUGCCUCCAAUCUCCAAAUCAGGCCACGACAGAGAUGGGCAGCACAUUGAGUGUGGCUUAUGUCGAAGUUCUUUGUGUGUUUAUGAAGUUGACAAAUGAUGUUAGCUACUUGGCGGACUAUCAACGAUUUAUUUAGACUAGUUUGAUCUGUAUGCUAAUUACCCCUAACACUGUGUUAUGUGUUAUGUAAAAAGGGGUGAAUAAAUGCAACAACUGUCAAUGGAAUUUUUUUGGUAAAAUACGCCCCCAGAGCACUACAUUUGAGAGAUGGUGUCUUAAAGCAGAGGAACCGAAACAGUAGCAUCCAAAUGGAGGCGGUGUGGGCCUGGGGAUGCGGCCGUUAAGAGAGAGGAGGUGAACAGCGAUCACAUGGAUAAGCUCCCUCUCUGUUUUUCUUGUUAUUCAGGUUAAAGCAUUACCGAAAACAUAAUCUGUACUCGAGGUAAAAUGUUCAAAUUUGAAUCAUUCUAAGAAAUACACCUCAUUUUUCGAGUUUCAUUCACACCGAGAAGAAUUUCACGCCCUCGUUUUGGUUCUAAGAAUCUGAGCUGGUUCACAUAGUUAAUUGAGUACAAGAAGAAAUGUUGUUCUUGAAAAGAUCAGAGAAUAUUGUGGCAUUAGCCAUCUUUACCUGUAGCCUAUAUUUCUAGGCUAUAUGCCACACGCCCCAACUCGAGGUUUCAAAUCAUGGCAUGCAUGAUAUCAUUUUGAAUGAUUUGAAAAUGCCUGUCUUCGGUGUAAUUUGUUCUCUAUUUAACCCUAUAUCAAAAGCAUUGUUAUUAUUAUUGUUAUUAUUAUUAAUAAUAAUAAAUAGUUGUUCGUUUAUUACAUUUACAUUAUCCUGUAACACAGGCGUUUCUCUCUCCCUCGCUUUUUAAAAAAAUUUCCUCAGUCUUCAUCAAGAUAAAAAUAAUGUAUUCCUGACUGGAGUGAAGUAGCUCCAGCGCGUAGAGAGAGUGCCGCGCUCUGCCCGCUGCCCGAUGCCAUGUCCUCUGGUUCACCCUGGAUCCGCGCCUCGCGGCUGUUUGGACAGCUUUACCUGCUACAUUAGAAUGAAACUGUAAAACCUAAACCCAUCAAAAGUCUCCUAAACCAGAUGCCGGCACUUUAAUUAAAUGGUAUUUCUGGGCCUUCCCGGUUUUUCAUCUGCCCCCAGAACUGGGUUACAGCGCAUGAGCGUCAGGGAAGCUUGCUUUAGAAUGUGGCUUAUCUCCCUGUUUUAAUGAUGAUGCUGCAAUGGUUGGACACACAUAUGAUCAACCAAAAAUAUAAAAAAAUGUAAUAGAUACAAUUGAUAGUAAUUAUUUGAAUAGCCUAUAUGGUAUUAUCAAUAUUAAUAUUAUUAUUAUUAUUAUUAUUAUUAUUAUUAGUAGUAGUAGUAGUAGUAGUAGUGGUAGUAGUAGUAGUAGUAGUAGCAGUAGUAGUAGUAGUAGUAGUAGUAGUAGUAGUAGCAGUAGUAGUGUAGGCCUAGUAGUAGCCUAUAGUAGUAGUGUUAUUAUGAUUAUUAUAAUUAUUAUUACUACUAUUAUUGUUGUUAUUAUAAUAAUAAUAAUAAUUCUUAAUAUUAUUAGACUAUGACUACUACCUAAUAAUUACAACCCUGGGAAAUACAUUUGUCAUAAUUACAAUUAGCCUAUAGGAGGCAAAAUGUGGACACUGUUAACAAAGCUAUGCUAUCUAAAAAGUUCAUCUCACUCUGAAAAUGAAAUAAUCCGGCGGUGUCUUAAAUUCUCACCCUCGGUUAAAUGUGUGAUGUCUCCUGAUUUUAAUCAGCGUUCCCUGACAUGAUCACUCACAAAUUAUCUCCCCAAUCUUCUGCUGUGCCUGCCACCAGGCAAAACUACCAGCCACCAUACUACCACCAACAUUUAUGAAUCAGAUGCAGUGUAGUAGACUAGACAUCUGCUUUUUAUUUGGUUUGUUUUGGUUAUUUUAUCACGCACGCACGCACAGACACGCACACACACACACACACACAAACACACACAUGGCCCCCCUUCUGUUGUGACAGUGGUGGGGAUUACAAAUGACAACUUUUAAAGGGGACCAGUUUUGUAUUCCACGCUAAAAGAAUAAGCUCUCACGUUUCGUUCUCUUUUGACACUGAAGCUUGGGGAAUUCACGUCUUGAGAGAGGUUCCGUGUCCCACUCUGUAAGCAUUACUUUUACUGUAAUGUGUUGCCUCGGAGCACCUAUAACGCAUAGCCUACUUGGUGGAUAAUGGAGCGCGAUACUUUUCAAGAGGAUAAUUACACGAGUCCGUUGACAGCUCGACAAUGCCGGUGAGAUUGUUCGAUGUGAGGCCGGUACAGCAGUUUCCAUCCAGGUUCAGUCUCAGGUUCGCUUGAGUGAGACAUGCUCUCUGAGAGGGAAAAAAAGCGUGCUUCGCCAAAUCAGCAAUAUUUCUGUUUUUCACACAUUAACCCCGGUGCACCCGACUGAGAACGGCCUUGGUAAAAUGCACAACCUACAAAAGACUAAAAGGCCAUCUACGAAUAUCACAUAUGUAGCUACCCUAUUCUGUAAAAUAGGCCUACCUCAUUGCAUAAGAUGGAUGUGGCAGUUAUUGUUGUGGCCAUGCUCUGAAUAUCAAGUGCUCCCAUGGAGACCCUGAAAAAAAAGCAUUUCAUAUAUCAUUUUCGUUCGUGCCAGUUUGCAUUGGUGAUAGUGCCAUUUGGAAAAUGAUAUUAUAUCGAUUUAUAUGCGAAUGCAAGGCUAUUAAUAAAAUCUGCAUUUUCUCCCGUUGUAAUGUCUGUUUGCAUACAACUCACCAUACAAUUUCUUAAUAAUUUUAAUGCGUAAUGAACGCCCAGCAUACCUGGUUAUAGAAUUGUGCUAUUAAAUAAUGAUACUUUUACUCACUGGAAAAGGAGGCGCGCAUUUCCUCUCCAGAACAGCCUGCGCGCUCUGCUCUGCUCGCUGAGAGGGUUCAUUUCCUGGCUGUUUACUCUGGAGGUGACGUCACGUCCAGUGGUGUCGCGGAGGCUGCCGGUGUCAGUGCAUUGCGCAGCACCAAAAAGAACAGCCCCCUAUUCUACAAUGACAUACUGCCAAUCGGAGAGUAUGGGGUAGCCAAACUGGGAAUUAGAUACAAAAUACCUCCCCACGGGGCAGCCCCCCCUCCCACCUAUUACUGUGCAAUCAAGUGGAACAAUGCAAGAGUACAAUGCAGCAUGCAUACCUGACAUUGGCAUAUGGAAUUAUUAGAUGAUCUGGGCCUAUGGUGUCAAGAUGAAUAUAUUUAAUUAGUCAAUUCAAGAUCAUACACUAUAGAACGCAUAUAUGACUUGGUAAUGUAAAAAAAAAAAAUGAGCUGCAUCAAGUUACAUUUAAUGCAGUCUUUUUGAAUUAAUAAUGACAUGUCAGGGCAUUUGCUACUUGUCUAUCUCUGUGUUGGGGGAGAGACAAGCAGUCUAAUACUCUGGGAGAAUACUCUCUCUCUCUCUUAGUCUGUUAAAGUCAGCUGAGGAGCCAGGCAGUAAUGCAGUGGAGUGUUUUCCAGACUGCAGUUCAGCAACUCUGGCGUCCUCGCCCGCCCCUGCUCUGUGAAGCGAGGAAAUCAGCCCAAUUUGGGGAGUUAAAGUCAUAGCCUGCCAUUAUAAUAACGCGUCUGUCACCGCGAGAGGACGCACUGUCACAAUUUUAAGAAAAUGGGCGUCCCACAACCUGCCAGACUGCCACUGGUCCCUCGUUAUUGAGCAAUAGGCUUCACGUGCUGUCUCUUUCUAUUUAUAUAUAUUUUUCAUGACAAGCCCGGAAAUAUUAUUGUGGCCAGCAGGAUUCAUUGAUACAGAUACUGCAUUAAAAAGCAGCCUACUUUAGAAUAGAAAAUAAUAUAAUAUAAUUAAAUGGAUGUGUUGUUUUUCAUGAAGUCUAAUUGAGAUGUGCAUAUAAGAUGUCCAUAUUUUGUUAUGGAAAAAAGACCCACUUCAUUAUGGGUUGUAAUUGAGUUAUAAUGCACAAUACAUUGUGUAUGAUGGGCAUGAAGGCGUUUGUGUACCGGUAUUUGCUUUCAAGAAAAAUUAUCUGAAUAUGAAAUUACAUGUAUUUACUGUUGUUGAGACACUUGCAGGGUCUGUGAAAGAAAAAUCCUUGCAGCAGUUCUUGGUCAUCUCUCCUGGCCCACUAUAUUCAAUUAGGGCGAGCAGGGCAGGCCCCUCCCCCACUGAUGACACUGACAGACCCUCCUUAAGUUGCGUCGCGCCACAGCUGUCUGCAAGCAUUGAGCUGCCUGGCGCCAUCCUGAAAGAAUGCCUUCACUGUAAAAAAAAAAAAAAAGAGAGAGAGAGAGAGCGAGAGAGAGAGAGACAUACACACACUGGGACCGAGAGAGUUCAGAGAGAGCUAGAGAGAGUGGGUGAGAGAGCAAGAGGGAGAGCGAGAGAGAGAGAGAGAGAGAGAAGCGAAGUAAGUGGAGAGGGUUGCCGCUGCGCACAAACAGAGAUUUGAUCUGCGAGUUCGGUGCUAGUCAGUUUGCACUAAGCCACCUACUGCAAACAAGGCUGCGUCUAAACAUAUACCUCUACAACUUGUUGAAUCGGCUUAAUAAUAUAGAAACUUUGUCAGGGAAAAGUUGAGGAACUUUUGAGUGGGACUGGAUACGACCUUGGAUCUAUUUAUGACAACAUUCAAGUGAAACAUUAUUUUUUGAAUGUAUGUUUUGAAGAAGUUUAUUAUAUUUAUUACCCGGGCAAAUUCACAUUAAUGUGAAUCCCUGCCAAAUAAUCGCAUUUGAAUAGACUGAAAAUAACAUCAACAUAGGGGGAACAAUAUAUUUUUUAAAGACAUUUUUAUUUUUCAUCUCCAGGUGAACGAAGGUAACGAAGAAAACUGUGGAUUAAACAAAGCAGGAAUUCGGACAGAUUUUUUUUCUUACUUGACUUAUCGGUUCACUCCGGUGUGUAUGAACGUUUGCUAAAAAGCUAUGGAAGUAUCCGCGGACCAACCCCGAUGGAUGAGCCAUCACCACCCAUCGGUGCUAAACGAACAGCAUCCCGGUUCCCACCACCCGGGCCUCGGUCCACUCGUACAUGGACCCCUCGCAGUAUCCCCUCGCCGACGAUGUGGAUGUACUGUUUAAUAUCGACUCACAGGGCAACCACGUAUCUCCAUACUAUGGGAACUCAGUCCGAGCCGUCCAGAGGUACCCACCUCCUCCACAUAGUAAGUACUGCUUCAUUACGCAUCGUUUUAGGCUACUAUUGAAUUAGAGACAUCGAUCUCUUAUUUCUAUGUGGCAUGGUCAUAUUUAACUCGGAUAGAGCUAACAUAAGAAUAAUUCGUCUUCAGAUGGUUGUCCAUUUUUAAAAUGUCUUAACCGAAGUAUUUGUCUAAUAGGUUUUAGACUCAGCUGAUCCGGCUAAUUUAAAAAUGCGAGCGCCAUAUGAAACCAUGCAGUCCUCUGUUAUGUGUGGCUUACCUCUCUGGUGGUGUAGCUUUGGUUUCAUAUCUUUGCAGUUGUGAGUAUAGGUAUUUGUUAUAACAGUGAGUAAGACCACUCUGUUUCAUGUUCAGUGCGAUUUUAGCACAGUAAAAUCAGAUGUAAGAAGGGAAGGUGGUCACUAUCAGUCAAGCAAUUUGAAAUCAAUGACAUAUGUUUAAAUCAAAUACAUUAACAUGUAUGACAGAUUAACAGCAUGUUACUAUUGUCAAAUAUGACAUGUAUGUUUAUAUCAUGCAUAAAUUCAAAUAUGUUACCAAACGAAUGAAUGUGUAGACCUACGUGCAGAGAGAAUUUGCAAAGGCCCCAUGAUAUAUAUUUUGUCAUUUCAGACUAUCAUACUUCACCACACAACCGUGUACAUUUUAUGGCAGGUAAACUAUGAGUUAUAAUUUAAUUAUAGAUAUUCUUGGAGAGAAAAUAACUGCGGAAGUGCAAUUGGUUUAAUUUAUUGACAUGACUUCCUGAACGGAAUAGUGAAUCAUGACCCGGUUUCUGUAACGAGGCUUCCUAUGCUAAAACACCCUCUGCACUGAGACAGGCGUGCUACUCACACUGCUGCUCUGACACUGUCAUUCAGGCCAUGGGUUUCGGCAAGACAAAGAAAAUAAAGUAGGCUGGAGUCAAGAGGGACAAUUUGGGUCAGAGCAUGUGUUGUCAGUUGUGUAGGCCUGGUGUGCAGUUUUAUCUUAUGUCCCCGAAGAGAAAUCAUGGGUGGUGUUUUACUAAAAUUGCAUAUGUUUUUUAUUUUUACCAUGAUGGAAUUAUAGGCUGAAAAUAAUCGAAAGUCUAAGUCAUUGUAGUUUCAGUUUCUCCACUAGUAAAGCACAUCUGAAUACACACAUAUAAAUAUCAAACGAACAAGACCUUGUCAUAUUUAUAAUGUUUUGUUUCAAAAGGAAGAGUGACCAAACGUUUUUAAUUGACAGUGACUGAGGUGCACCUUUAAUUUAAAUUUAAAUUGAUAUUAAUUGUGUCAUUGUCAUAGCAGGCCUAGGCCUACAUUGUGUCAAAAGUCAAGACUUAAACCAGCAUACAUGUGAGAUAUUGUUGUUUAAAGUCAACAAAAUGAUCAUAAGGGAAAGUGAUCAAAUCGUGAGAGUAGUCUAAUUGAAUGUAGGCCUAUUGUAAUUUUCUUCACCGAGAAAAAUACUGACACCGUUCUAUCAUCCUAUUUUCUAUUACAGGUAGUCAGGUGUGUCGCCCCUCUCUACUGCACGGUUCUCUGCCAUGGCUGGACGGAAGCAAAGCAAUGCAGCACCACAGUACUUCCCCGUGGAACCUGAGUCCUUUCCAAAAGAGCUCACUGCACCACGGUUCCCCGGCAGGUCUCUCCGUCUACCCCCCGGCGUCCUCCUCCUCCCUGUCCGGGGGACCACUCCAGCCCGCACCUCUUCACCUUUCCCCCCACUCCUCCGAAAGACGUGUCCCCGGACCCAGGCAUCUCCACUCCGGGCUCAAGCAGCAACAGUCGCCAACAGGAGGAAAAAGAGUGCAUAAAGUACCAGGUGUCCCUGGCCGAGAGCAUGAAACUGGAGUCUCACAGCCGGAGCAUGGCAUCAAUCGGAGCGCAAUCCUCCGCCCACCAUCAUCACCCCAUCGCCACAUACCCAUCCUAUGUCCCCGAAUACGGCCCAGGCCUCUUCCCACCAAGUAGCCUGAUAGGUGGGUCAUCUUCUAGUUAUGGUUCCAAAACAAGACCAAAAACAAGGUCAUGUUCAGGUAGGCGUGCAUUUUAUUAUAUUACCAUUUGAUUUCACCUUAGAAUAUAUGGUAUUGAUGAUAUCCAGGUGUAAUCCCAAUGUACCCGUUUCAGAAUAAGGACCUUUUUUCGAUCUCCACACAAAAAAACUCUUAUUUUGGGUUAUUGGCAUGCCAUGUAGCUUUGAGUGACAGCCAAGGCAUUUCUCCAGUCCUUGCAGGCCCAUAGAAAGUCAAAUGUGUCUCAAAGGGACUCAUGCACAAGAUUCGUUUGAGGGAAAAAUACAAUAGCAGUGCCAAGGAAAGCACGUGGUGGUAAUAAUAAUACAAAUGAAUAAUAAUAGCAAUAAUAAUAAUAAUAAUAAUAAUAAUAAUAAUAAUAAUAACAAUAAUAAUACAUUCUAAAUAAUAAUAAAUGAAUCUUGUAGGAAAAAUCUUGCAUGGAUAAUCCAAUUUGACUGAGUAACAAUUUUAAUUGGGGACGUUAUAACGUUUCUAUAUGUUAUUAGGCUGUACAAACAUGUUUAAUCGCAUUCAAUCAGCACCCUGAUUUGUCAGAACACAUUGCUUAGAAUAGAAAGCGAAUUAAAUCAUUCAAAGCGCAUUUGCCCACAUGAGAUUGAACGGUUUUCCACUUUCCAAAGCAAAGGAAUUAAGUCCAGUGAAUGAUUAAACAGCCUUAGUUGACUUCCGAAUAUUUUAAAGCUCUGUGUAUAGGCCUAAACCAGAUCCGUUUUCAGUUGUUCUAUUUUUCACAGAGGGAGAGAGCGAGAGAGGAACAAGGCUAGCUCUGUGACGGCGGCCUGCAUGGCUGUCUCGCGCAAGUUUAUAUGUUUAAGAUAAUCCCAUUACUGUCAGACUGGUGCACGCGACAGUUGCAUUGUUUACGCAGAGCCAGUAAUAACUUUGAUAGAGUCCGGAUGCGGGGCUGCAUUGAGAGGGGGUAAUCACGAAUGAGCACUCUCCGUGGCAGAGGGGCACGACUGGCGAGGCGGAAUAUUAUCCAAACAAGUGGGGGUAAUACAAGUACAAAAAUUAUUCAGGCGCCGCUCGAAACCAGUUAACUGUAAUGAGAUUAAUAUCAGUGCCAUGUAGCAUUAGGAGAAAUAUAGAAAACAGUGGAUUAGUCGAUGCAUAUCAUCAGGCUUAUUCAAUGCUGAAUAAUAUUCGCUUAUUACUACUACAAAAACAAUCAUUUUAAUUUGAGGAUAAAUGUGUGUGCUGUAAUGUGCUUAAAGAUACAUCCUCUAAAAUGAAUCUUAAAGAGGUUAUCUAUUAAUGAGGUCAUAUAAUGGAACGUGUCUACAUUGCAAACCUGAAGUUGAGAAGAAGUCAUGCAGAAAGGUCGACUCUGUGGUCUUCUAACCAUCAAACCUGGAACACGCCUUGCGCAAUACAAAAACCUGUAGUAGCCUAUUUCUCAGAGGUCCUAUUGUGGAGUGGAUACAUUUGUUUCGCUGCGUUAGCCAGUGUCCUGUCUCUAAAAACACUAUUGAUUUUACAACGUCCUCGGUGUCUGCUGAGGUCUCUGCAAUGUCUAUCACAUCUAACAAGGCAGAACCAGAAGUGACGCAUAUCAGUCUCUGAAGAAGUGGAGCGGUUUUUGCAGUCAAAAGGGGAUGUGCGGGUGAGUAGAGGCGUAAAGGCACGGCGCGGAACAAAGGCCUCCUCUCUAAACGGGUCUAUGCUUUCAAAUAAUCCUGCCGCGCUGCUCGGUUGUUUCAGUUUCAGUGGUGAGGCCACAUAGGUCUAUGGAUCAGUAGACCCCCUUAAUGAAACUGUCGGUGUCACUAGAGAAGUGCCAAUCAAACCCAAAUGUUGGUUUGGAAAGACAGGCUUAAAUAUUUAUGAAUUAGCCUAUUUUACAAGAACAUAUUAUUAUUAUUACUAUACACCACUGUGAAAUGAGAGUUUGUGUGUGUGGGAGAAAGAAGAGGGCACAUUUUAAUCACAAAAAUAUAUGAUUGACCCCAUAGAUUAUGCACGCCCUUUUCUAAAAAUAGGCUAUCAGUUUGAAUUCAUAGAUGAUGUAUUUGAUUAAAUGAUGUGUGACCACAUUGUGACAGUAUUCGACCAUAAUAGACCUGCUUUAUUCAAUUGAUAGUCAGAUGUUUGUAUGAUGUCAGACAGAUUGUAUGAGGUAAUUUUCGAAACACUAUGAAUUGGAAUAGGCCUACUAACUCCAGGGUCAAAUGUUGAUGUCAGUUGUAGCCUAAUAGAGGCGGGGCUUUUUUGCACUUUGAAUAUUCAAUGCAUUGUUAUAGGCCCACUGUAUUAUUAUUAUUAUUAUUAUUAGUAGUAGUAGUAGUAUGCCUUGUAGUAGUAGUAGUAGUAUGCCUAGCAGUAGUAUUUGUAUUAUUUGUUUUAUUAUUACAGUGUGAUAUGAAUGUUAUGCUACUAUUAGAAUUAAUUAUUUUGUGUGAUGACAUUUUCUAUGAUGUUUAUAACAACCUUUCUCCCUCUUGACCUGAGGGAUCAAGUGUUUCAGAUGUGAGAUGCUAUGUUUAGUUUAUAAGGGGCGAACUGAUCUCGGCGCUCUCUCCAUGUUGUGUAUCGUUUCUGCUUUCAGAAGGUAGAGAGUGCGUUAACUGUGGAGCUACGUCGACCCCGCUCUGGAGGCGGGAUGGCACUGGUCACUAUUUGUGUAACGCCUGCGGACUCUAUCACAAGAUGAACGGGCAGAAUCGGCCCCUCAUCAAACCCAAGCGACGACUGGUAUGUCCCUGCCACUUUGUAUUGAUGACACUUCCGUCUUUCUCUCUUUCUCUACCCAGGAAGAAGUGUUAGCUGCAGGAAAUUGACUCGCCAAGUGCAGGUCUCGAAUUCUUUUAGAUAUACAGUAAUAGCAAACUGCAGAUUUAUUAUUACUAUUGUUAUGAUUUUUUUUUUUAAUGAUUUGCUUCAUCAAUUAUUUUUUUUAUCCCGCUUCAAUUGCCCUACUGUUUGAUAUUUCUCAGAGGAAAAAAAUAUAUGAGAAAAUAUCUUCCUCUUAUUCUGCAUUGAGGCAAAUCGAAAAAUAUUCCAUCCAAGUCCUCACUGCCCACAUAGGAAUAAUAUCUGCAGUUGACAUACUGUAAAUGGCAUACUUAGAAUUGGACGUUUAUAUGGUUUAGAUGAGAGAUGUCGGCUACCAUGCACCCUGCAGUAUUUGGAAAGGAACCCCCUAAACCUUUUUAACACCAGAAAGCUGAGUUCUAUAGAGCAGUUCCCCUAUCUCCCUGCAUGGUUAGAUAAAGGGGAAAACUUUCUAGGCAGGGGACGCCUCGCGUGGACUGCUCUUUUAGCAGCCAGACCAGAUUCUGCUCUGGCCUACAUCCCCCCUUCUCUCUCUAAUGUGAAAAACCCGACUUCCCAGGAAAAAGCUGCCGGAUAUCUGAGCAGCGCAGAUAAGUCGCUUUUAACAACAUAGCCCGCUUCCCCAGUCUAAACAUGAAGGGGACCGGGGGACCAAAUCAGCGCAAGGAGCGGCCCAGGGCACGCAGGAGUCACGACUCGAGAUUGUUCUUCUUAGAACUCAGGGAAUCGCUGCAGAAUGUUCAAAUACUGAGGGAGGGAAAAGAGGGAGAAAAGGAAAAGAGAAAAGAGAGAUGGAAGUCUGAAGAAGAAGUCUGGCAGAAGAUGGAUACAGUGAGCUCCAUUUUCCAGUACACAAGCACUUUAUUUUCGCGUUAAUGGAACUCAAGAUUGGUGUGCAAAGCAAUUACAUUAUUUAAGUCACGAAUGAACAUGGGUUAUUAGGCCACCAGAUGUAGAUAAUUGGAAAUCCCUCCGAAAGAUAGUGUAGUGCGUUUUGUUUAGCCCAUUCGGUGUUAACGGGUACUGUGUCCUAUUCGGUCAUCUCGUCUAUCGAUUGGUUUUAUAGAUUAUAACAUCAAUGUCAGGCAGGCCAGCUACCUGGCGUCUGAGGCAGGCGUUUCAAUCCAUGGGAAUGCAGAGUCCUCUCCCCAUGCAAAUCGAAACGUAUCUUGAAUGUAAAUCAGGGCAUUAGCUCCUCCUAAUUUUUAAAAAUUAUUUUUCUAUAAUUGGCUAAUAGCCUAUAUGGUAUGUCAAUGUGGACGAUAUGGCGAUAUUCAAGCUUACCAUCUUCAUCCUCAAGCAAAUCACUUUGUCCAUUUUAUCCAUUAGCCAUUUUAUAUUGUGAAAACCCCCUUGACUGCUCAACAAGAUUAGCUAUGUAAAAACAGCAGAAUAAUGAUUGUUUUGGUCUUGCUAUGCACAUAUUGAUGAUUCAACAUAUAUUAGUCUUCCCAUGGGAGGAUGGCGAUUUGUUUAAAAAAUACAUGAUUCUGUCCGCCAUCAUGCUCUCACCCUAAAACUAAUUGUAGUUUAUUUGUAUAAACUGUUGAGUUCCAUAUUUAAACAUAAGGAGCAGACACUGUCUUACUGUUACUUAAGCACUUAGUCGCUUUAACGGGGAAAUUUAAUCAGAUUUAAUAGGUCCCAUUUCAUGCCACUGCUUUUAUGUCGUCUGUAAAUAUUUACUCUUGAGAGGGCAUGUGCGCAUGAUGCUAUUUUUAGUCUCGAGUCAAAGCAGCGCUGUUUUGGAAUUUUGAAAGUUGGAUAGACAGAGCUUUGCAGAAAGCUAUAUGAUAGUAAUGUAUUAUACUAGUAUUAUAAAUGCAACAUUUGGUUUGAUAGCCUAGGAAAUGGCCUUAUGACUGAUAUGCAUGUUUUUUUAUCUCAUUUUUCUCCAGUCUGCAGCAAGACGGGCAGGAACAUCAUGUGCAAACUGUCAAACGAGCACGACAACACUGUGGCGAAGAAACGCUAACGGGGACCCGGUGUGUAACGCUUGCGGUCUAUACUACAAACUGCACAAUGUAAGCAAAACAACAGCCUUUACAUUAUAGUAAGAUAUCUACUAACUUAUCUAAGCAUGUGUUGUCUUUCAUAUCCUUUCUUUUCUUCCUCACUUUUAUUUCUUUCUUUUCAUUUAUUCUAUCCUCCCAUCUUUUUUUCUCUGUACAUUCAAAGCUCAUUUUAGAUAUUUUUUCUAUAGUUCUUGAAAUAUUUAUCGCAAUCGUCCCCAAUGUGAAUUGUGGGGACACAAGCGAUAAGAAAUAUAAUUCAUGUGAUUUAUUCGCAGUCACAUGUACGAAUCAAAAUAUAUGAGAGAGCCGAAUUAAGCCCCGUGCGUGCAGCUUGGCUUUUGAAUAUUAAAGAAGAGCUUAAUUAAAAUUCGAUUAAUUUUCAGACCGAUCUUAUUUCAGGCCUUUUGGUUACAUCAGCGCCAGGGACUUGGAGUCCCCCUCUGACCACCAAUCCGCCUGAUUCGUUUUGGGGCGUGCUAGUUACUGCCUCACCACAUCAUUUCCCUUCCUCAAUUUGAGGACCCCCAGGACCAGUUCUCUCUCUCUCUCUCUCUCUCUCUCUCUCUCUCUCUCUCUCUCUCUCUCUCUCUCUCUCUCUCUCUCUCUCUCUCUCUCUCUCUCUCUCUCUCUCUCUCUCUCUCUCUCCCUUUCUCGCUUUCUCUCUCUCCCAUGCACACACUCUGCGCCAAGAUGGAGAGCUGCUGCAUAAUUUAACUAGCAAAACCAAUUAUUAUUAUUAUUAUUAUUAUUAUUAUUAUUAUUAUUAUUAUUAUAUUUUACUUAUAGCCUAUUCAACCUUGACAUGAGAGAGCUCGCCAUUCUUUUCCCCUCCAGAGUUGAUCUGAUAGGGUAUCCCUUAUCCUGGCGCAGGGGAAAUCUAUAGCCUAUCCUGCUACACUCCAAGUGCUCCUGUUAAAUCAUUUCCCUAUGUUGGUUUUGGAAGAUUCUUUAAGACUGAAGAAAGCGAUUUUUACUCAGGUUAUCAGGGAGAAUAAUAAUAUUUCCCAGUUACAUAUUAUCUUUUGAACUGACCCGAUCUCGGCUUAAUAGCAAAAUGUGUUUGUUUUGGUAAAUUCAGAUUUCUGUUGGGGCCUGCUCACAUUUUACAUGGUACAUUAUAUGAAGCCUCUCUUCCCUCGUGCACAAUGACUCCUAACCUGCACAGUGGCCACAGUGGCUGCACGUGACAGCAACCUAAUGCUAACCUCAGAGACCUUGAUAGCCUUUCCAUUUUGAGACUGGCUGUAGGCUAUAGUAAACGUGUAUGGACAUAUUUAUUGGAUGCUUGUGAAAAUAAAGUUGCCACAAAGAUGUGACAGGCAGUGUUGACACCCAAAUCAGUUUUUUGCUCCUUGACAAUCUGAAAUAAUGUUCCUCAAAGUUCACUGAUGUGUGAGUCAGGGUGUUUGCAGUGUGGUCAACCUGAGACCAUUGCAUAUGGGUUGUGGUUGUUUUCAGGUUACUAUAGGUGUGGGUAUGAGGUUAUGUACUGAAUGCUCUGUGGUGGUCACUGAGUAAAGCUCUGAGUGUGUUGUGUUUUGUUUGAUGCAAUGGGCAGAGGCCUAGGGCUUCGUACGUGAGAUGCAUGGCAUAUAUUUGAGCAUCAAAGAGCACUAAAGCCUGGCCAGCUUUAGUUGGGCGCGCUGCAUUUCAACGCCUAGCUAGCAGCUAGAAACAGAGAAGCCCUUCGCUUUUACCCUACGUCAUAUAGAGACAGUGAAACCACAUCACUCAGGGGCCAUAGCUCUUUGCCCUUUGUUAAUCAUCUGGGCCACUCUGUGCUAAAAUAUAGUCAGCGAAAAAGGCCAAUCAUUUCUCAAAGGAAGUGGUAGAAGUGAGGCGGUGAAAUCCCAUUUCCCAUUUCCCAGGGAAGCGGUCCUAAAGAUCAGGGAAGCAGCCGGCCUCAUCCACCUCUCCUUGAUAAUCCUGCCCUGAGCUGGAAUUCCAUCAUCCGGCUCUCAUUCCCAGCUAAAACCUGUGCAGGAAUAUGGCAGCUCGGGCCAUUUUGGCCGGCAGAUGCCUAUGCAGAAGGCUGCGAUGGAGGGUGGAGGGUAGAGAGGCGAACUUGGCCGGCGACGGCAGUCGUCAUGGCCAUGUGUCUCAUUGGUCGGCUGGUUAGGACGGUGGCUGCCAGGCUCUCUUUCUCUCUUUCUCUCACUUUCCCACUCUCUCUCAUUCCAUCUUUCCAAAUCUCUCUAUGUCUUUCCCUCUGUCUCCCUCUCCCUGGCAUGGCAGUAGCCUAAGAUCCAGCCCAGCUUAAGGGAAUCAGCGUUUAAAUCCAGCCAAACGCGGACUCGCCCUGACACUCACACACACACACACCCUACUCUCCCCCUACCCCCUACCACUAACAAUGGGACAGACAGAUUUAUUCUAUAAUGGGACUCCAUUACAUAUCACAGUGUCCCCCAAACCCUGAGCUCGACCUCUUUUGAAAUUAGAUACGUAUUUGUGUCGCCCCUCUCCAAUUUUGUUUGUUUUGGUUUGUUUUUUGUUUGUUGGUGCAAAUGCAUUGACACAAUUCAAAUGCGCUUUACAAGAUACGAGUGAUAAAGAGAGCUCAAUGCUUGGAUUUUAAUUUCAUUGUUUGUCAGCGUUUUUUCGCUUCAUCAAAGUACAUCAAAAAGCAUGAACGCUGCGCUUUGAUAUUUUGGCUCAGUUUCAACUCUGACUCAUAUUACUAUUUCUGCUCCUUCAACUUAAGUAACUCCUUGACGUCACUAACCUAUGAAAUAAUAGUAUUGAAUAACUUGCUUGUUUUAACCCUGGUGCAUUAACCCCAUGUGUCUGUCUGUCCCCCAGAUCAACCGACCUCUCACCAUGAAGAAGGAGGGCAUCCAGACCAGGAACAGGAAGAUGUCCAGCAAGUCGAAGAAGAGCAAAAAGUCCCACGACAGCAUGGACGACUUCUCCAAGAGCCUGAUGGAGAAGAGCAGCUCGUUCAGCCCCGCCGCUCUGUCCCGCCACAUGUCCUCCUUCCCCCCCUUCUCACACUCCGGUCACAUGCUGUCCACCCCCACGCCCAUGCACCCCUCCUCCUUCGCCCCCCACCCCCACUCCAGUAUGGUCUCUGCCAUGGGCUAGAAGACCCCAAUGGUACCACCCACCUCCAAAAAUGCCUCAAUCAACAACUAACCCCCCCAUCCUCUUACCCUCAGUUCUCUUAGCUUACCUGAAUUCCAAGCUGAAAGACAACCAAACUGAUCUCUGCUACCCAUAACCAACCGCUCUGCUCCAUCACCAAGCCGCCUAUGAUCUGACCUCGUGUGAGGGAGACAGGCUCUAUGGGUCCUUGCUUUUGUUCAGUUGUAUCUUUUUUCAUCUUUAUCAAGUGUAUCUACUGCGAUACUCAAAGCCUGGCAGACUGACUCAAUGACUGUGGUUUUCUGACUCCUGGGGAGACCAUUGUUGUUCUCCGACCUGGGAGAAAAGAUCCUGAAGCUUCACCCACUCACUGACUGUGUCAUCCCAGCUGAUAACCCCCAAUCCGGAAUCCCAUUUGUGUGCAAAAUGCCAUUAUUCAUGGGAAAAGCAAAGAUUAUAAACAAUCAUUACAAAAGCUAU